GACGAAUCUCUCCAAUUCCAUCCCACGGGCAACCAUUUGCUCAAGAAUCAACCGUUCAACCGUUUUUCGUUUGAUUUCGUACUCUUCUUUUCCUACAUCUCUAACUCGUACUCGAGAAUCUCGUUUUCUACAACCGUUGUUUGAGCUCCUACAGCUGUAUCAGUCUCCUCCAAGCCUAGGUACACAUCCGAAGCCCCACCAAACAAUCGUCAACAUGGGUGUCAAGGACGUUUUGUCUCGCAAGGAAGGUGUCAUCGUUGGUGAUGAUGUCCUGGCCUUGUUCAAGCAUGCUCAAGAGAACAAUUAUGCUGUUCCCGCCAUCAACGUGACCUCUUCCUCCACGGUCGUUGCGGCUCUCGAAGCUGCUCGAGAUGCGAAUGCUCCAAUCAUCCUCCAGACUUCCCAAGGAGGUGCUGCCUACUUUGCUGGCAAGGGGGUCAAGAAUGACAAGCAGCAAGCUUCGAUCGCCGGUGCUGUCGCCGCAGCUCACUACAUCCGAAGUGUUGCUCCCGCAUAUGGCAUUCCAGUUGUCCUGCACACCGACCACUGUGCCAAGAAGCUGCUGCCAUGGUUGGACGGCAUGAUGGACGCCGAUGAGGCCUACUUCAAGCAACACGGAGAACCUCUGUUCUCCUCUCACAUGAUCGACUUGUCUGAAGAGGCAGUCGACUGGAACAUCGAAACCACCGCCAAAUACCUCAAGCGGGCAGCUCCCAUGAAGCAAUGGCUCGAGAUGGAAAUCGGCAUCACUGGUGGUGAAGAAGAUGGUGUCAACAACGAGGACGUUGACAACAACUCCUUGUACACUCAACCCGAGGACAUUCACAUGAUCUACACCACUCUGAAGAAGAUCUCGCCAUACUUCUCCAUCGCUGCCGGCUUCGGUAAUGUCCAUGGUGUCUACAAGCCAGGUAAUGUUCGCCUUCACCCUGAACUGCUGGACAAGCACCAGAAAUACGUCAAGGCAAAGGAGAGCACCCCGACCGACAAGCCCGUGUUCCUUGUCUUCCACGGUGGCUCUGGUUCAAGCAAGAAGGAGUACACGGAUGCCAUCAGCUACGGCAUUGUCAAGGUCAACCUCGAUACUGACUUGCAGUGGGCCUACCUCACCGGUAUCCGCGACUACGUUAUCAACAAGCACGAGUACAUCAAGACGCAAGUCGGUAACCCCGAGGGUGAGGACAAGCCCAACAAGAAAUACUACGAUCCACGUGUGUGGGUUCGUGAGGGAGAAAAGACCAUGAGUGCCCGUGUCGCCGAGGCAUUGAAAGACUUCAACACGGCCAACCAGUUGUAGAAAGUGAUCACUCGUAACGGACUGGAAAAAGUUUGGCUGUUGUUGAGAAGAUGGGCAAGCGCCUUAAGGGUCUUUGGGAGAGCCGAUGGUUGUUGGCCUUUAUUUCUACGAUGAAGCGUAGUCUUAUGCCUUGAAUACCACGAUGGGCGAGUAUUAGCAGCACAGAAGUAGCAAAUUUACCCAUGUGAAAAGCCAAA